UCCUCUGCCACCAGCUCAACUGUGGCAACGCGGUGGCCGCACCUCGAGGAGGCCAUUUUGGGGGCGGGGACGCAGCCAUCUGGCCUGACGCGUUUCACUGUGAGGGGACAGAGCCCUACUUGUGGAAUUGCCCAGUAAGCACCCUGGGGGCCCCGGCCUGUGCCCCCGGAAACUCGGCCUCCGCAGUGUGCUCAGGUCUCCCCCAUGCCCUGCGGCUGCGGGAAGGACAGAGCCGCUGUGACGGCCGCGUGGAGGUCUCCCUGGACGGCAUGUGGGGCCGCGUCCUGGACGACGCCUGGGACCUGCGCGGCGCGGGCGUGGUGUGCCGGCAGCUGGGGUGCGGAGGGGCCCAGCGAGCCUACGACGCGCCCGCCCCCAGCCGCGGGUCCAUCCAGGUGGCGCUGAGCCGCGCGCGCUGUCUGGGCACCGAGACCCGCCUGACCCGGUGCAACGUGUCCGCGACGCUGCGGGAGCCCGCGGGGACCUCGCGGGACGCUGGCGUGGUGUGCUCGGGAGGGCGGAACCGCGUCCCGCGUGGGCCGUGGGGCACCGUGUGUGACGACGCCUGGGACCUGCGGGACGCGCACGUGGUCUGCAGGCAGCUGGGCUGCGGUCGCGCCCUGAGCGCCCCGGGGACCGCGCACUUUGGAGCCGGGGCGGGGCGCAUCUGGCUGGACGAGCUGCGCUGCCAGGGCCACGAGUCUGUGCUGUGGCAGUGCCCGUCUGCAGGCUGGGGCCGGCACGACUGCAGGCACCAGGAAGACGCCGGAGUCUUCUGCUCAGAGUUCACGGAUCUGAGGCUGCAGAGCCACAGGCAGCCAUGCGCAGGACGGCUGGAAGUUUUCUACAAUGGGACCUGGGGUGAUGUCUGCCGCACCCUGAGUGCGGCCUCCCUGCGGGUCCUGUGUGGGCAGCUGGGCUGUGGGUCUCACGGGCAGCUGCAGGCUGCGGCAGGGAGCCAGUCUGCCACUGAGUUUCUCUGGGUGGCCUCCAUCCAGUGCAGGGACAGACAUGACCAGUCCCUGUGGCAGUGCCCGUCAGCUCCCUGGGACCAGCAUUCAUGCUCCAGUGGAGAGGAAGCCUGGGUCCUGUGCAUGGAAAAGGCAGGAGAAGUUCCUCAGGACCCUGGGGAGACCCUCAACUGCUCCUCCUCGCUCAGCUGCCCAGAGGAGGGCGCAGUGCGUUUGCGCGGGGGCCAGGCCCGCUGCUCCGGGCGCGUGGAGCUCUGGCACGCGGGCUCCUGGGGCACCGUGUGCGACGACGCCUGGGACCUGGCGGACGCGGAGGUGGUGUGCCGCCAGCUGGGCUGUGGUC